GUGUUUACACAACACUGUUAUGUGCAUCGCAUACCAUGUUACAAUAUGGCCCUCAAUAAGCAACUAUCCAAUGUCAUUGUCCGGUUCUGUAAUCGGCCUGAAAAUUACUUGUUUGACCCCCAAAAAAAAUAAUCCACUGGCGCCAAAAUUUCACUUUGAUUUAGGUUACCAAAUUUUCGAAUUGGCGCCAAAAUCCCCAGAAGAUGAGGAGGGGAGAAAAAGAAACCUGAGUAGAAGGAUUCAUCGAACUCAAACAAUGCAAGCCAAAAUCAAUUCUUUCUUUAAGCCCUCUUCAUCUUCUUCGUCUACAAUCGCUGCCUCAGUAACAACAUCAGAAGACGCAGACGAUGGUUUAGCCGUCUGGGAGCAAAAUCGGAACGUCAUCGUCAAUACAUACCAGCGUCGAUCUGCGAUUCCCGAUAGAAGUGAAGUGCUUAAGAAAGGAUCUUCUUCAUCUUCUUGUGCACCUAAAAAUCUGAAAAAGAAGCGGAGUUAUACCCAAUUUUACUUAGAGUUGGGGCAAUCCGAUUUCCUUCUCAGACAUUGCGAUGUGUGUCGAGUUAAGUAUGCUCCUGGGGAUGAAUCAGAUGAGAAGAACCAUCAAGGUUUUCACAAGAUUUUUAUGAAUGGAAUCCCUUUUAAGGGCUGGCUGAACGAGAAAGCCUUCACAAUGCCUUCCUUCAACAAGAGCCGCAUUGUUAUGGUUUCUGAAAAUGAUUCCCCUGCACACAAAAAAAAGGUGCAAGAGGUUGUGAAAAUGAUGGAGGUUGAGCUAGGUGAGGAUUGGAUUCUUCACCAACAUUGUAAGGUUUAUCUAUUCGUUUCCUCUCAGAGGGUCUCUGGAUGUCUAGUUGCAGAACCAAUUAAGGAAGCAUUCAAGAUUAUAGCUCCUCCUGAUGAUGAAAGACAGUUAAAGAAACAGACCUCCUCCUCGCCUUCAACCUCCAUCCAGUUUGGAAACGUUGUGCUACAAAGAGAGGUAUUAAAAAGAUGUCGAGCUUCAGAUGAUAGAUUAGAUAAUGGAGCAAUUGUGUGUGAAGAAGAAGCUAAACCAGCUAUCUGUGGAGUUAGAGCGAUUUGGGUCUCACCUUCUAACAGAUGAAAAGGCAUAGCCACACAGUUACUUGAUACCACUAGGGAAAGCUUUUGCAACAAUGGGUGCACGUUGGAGAAAUCCCAGUUAGCAUUUUCACAACCAAGCUCCAUGGGAAGAUCUUUUGGAUUUAAUUAUUUUGGAACUUCUUCAUUCCUAGUUUACAAAGCUCCAUAGGAAGAUCUUCAGAGCCAUACUUUUUAGUCUGUCACCUAACCUUUACAUAUCAUUGAUAUAUUAUCAAAUUGGUAAAUAUUGGCUCAUAACAAACAAGAAGAGCAACACAUUCUUUUAGUUUUCGAGAAGGUUUAGAAGACCUCAUACCUGUGUUCUGUUUAGAAGACCUCAUACCUGUGAUAUGUUUCUUUGUCUAAAAAGACUGAAGACUUAACAAUAACUUUGUUUUUUUCCCAAUCAAAGUCACACAGCCUAAUGAUGAUUCUUUUUAAGUUGUGGGUAAAAGGGAUUGUUUUCUCCCAAUCAGUCAAAUUUUGAAUUCGUGCAUGGGUACUAAAACCACUCCAAAGUGUUAUGCAUCUUUGUCUAAAGACUGAAACAACAAACCAAACAUGAUCCAUGUCUAGAGAGUUCAAGCCGUGGGUACCAUAAGAGACCAAUGUUUGAAUCUGUCUCAGGCUAGUGUUUAAAGUCGUGGGUGCCAAUCUUCCUUCCACCAAAACGAAACCUAUCCUUUGUUUUUCCCAACCUAGUCUCUGUCUAAGACUGUUAUGUAUCUUUGUCUAAAGACGUAAACAACAAACCGAACAAGAUCCAUGUCUAAAUAUAUCAAGCCGUGGGUAACAUAAGGGAUCAAUGUUCGAAUUGGUCUCAGUCUCGUGGGUAUCAUAUUACUCAGUCACAGAGACUGAUGAUUUUUAUAUGCUUUGGGUAAAAGU